GAGGGAGAGAAUCGAGCGAGGGAGAGCUGGGGAGAGCGAGCAAAGAGCGAGAGCCAAGAGAGGAGCGAGUGGUGGAGGGAGGAAGACGGACGCGCGCCGAGAACGGGUACCGGAAUUCCAUCAGAAAAAAGUGAGCCGGCCAAGGGGUAGCGGGAGAAGGUUUUUUGAAAUUUUCCUUCGUCUUGGAGCGAAAGAAGCGACUCCGGUCUCUCGUCCCUCCAAGCUCCCGCUGGAUUGUUUCCUGGCGCUUUCCCCCCCGUCUGUGGAUUGCUUUCCUACUUGCGUUUUUUUCUGACCCCGACCCUCACUGCUUUCUUCCAACCCUCCACCCUCCAGUCGCCUUUCCCACCUCCCCAGGCCCCUCCAGAGGAGUGCAGGGGACCGGACCCGCGGGGACCGGAGACUCCCGGACCAGCGGAGGAACGGCAGAGCCCAGGACCGCUGUCGGCUGGGAAGCAGACAUCCACAGAUACACCCGCCUAUUUGAUCUGAGUGGGCCGGGGGGCGUCGAGAGGCGCCCACCGCCCUCCUUCCCCCACCCCCGCCAGCCGGAGGCGAGAAUAGCAGGACUCAGGAUCUUCCUCGGGUGGACUAGCUGGGAUCUCCGCAUUGGAUUUGGGGUUGAUUGUCACUGCUUGGCUAUUAUUACUGUUUUUAUUAUUUUUUUACCCUAAGAAGAAAGACAAAAAACCAAAACUGUGGGAUUUAUUAACAUGAUCUUGGCAAACGCCUUCUGCUUCUUCUUCUUUCUAGGGCCCCGAGCUGCACAGCUGGCGCCCCCCAGUGGACUGUGUCCGGGCCAAUGAGCUGUGUGCGGCGGAAUCCAACUGCAGCUCCCGCUACCGCACGCUCCGGCAGUGCCUGGCGGGCCGGGACCGGAACACCAUGCUGGCCAACAAGGAGUGCCAGGCAGCCCUGGAGGUCCUGCAGGAGAGCCCCCUGUAUGACUGUCGCUGCAAGCGGGGCAUGAAGAAGGAGCUGCAGUGCCUGCAGAUCUACUGGAGCAUCCACCUGGGGCUGACCGAGGGGGAGGAGUUUUACGAGGCCUCGCCCUAUGAGCCGGUCACCUCCCGCCUCUCGGACAUCUUCAGGCUUGCUUCAAUCUUCUCAGGGACCGGGGCGGACCCGGCGGUCAGCGCCAGGAGCAACCACUGCCUAGAUGCUGCCAAGGCCUGCAACCUGAACGAAAACUGCAAGAAGCUGCGCUCCUCGUACAUCUCCAUCUGCAACCGUGAGAUCUCGUCCGCCGAGCGCUGCAACCGCCGCAAGUGCCACAAGGCCCUGCGCCAGUUCUUUGACCGGGUGCCCAGCGAGUACACCUACCGCAUGCUCUUCUGCUCCUGCCAGGACCAGGCGUGUGCCGAGCGCCGCCGGCAGACCAUCCUGCCCAGCUGCUCCUACGAGGACAAGGAGAAGCUGAACUGCCUGGACCUGCGCGGCCUGUGCCGGACCGACCACCUGUGCCGGUCCCGGCUGGCGGACUUCCACACCAACUGUCGUGCUUCCUACCAGACGCUCACCAGCUGCCCAGCCGACAAUUACCAGGCGUGCCUAGGUGCCUAUACUGGCAUGAUCGGGUUUGACAUGAUGCCGAACUAUGUGGACUCCAGCCCCACAGGCAUCGUGGUGUCCCCCUGGUGCAGCUGUCGUGGGAGCGGGAACAUGGAGGAGGAGUGUGAGAAGUUCCUCAGGGACUUCACCGAGAACACCUGCCUUCGGAACGCCAUCCAGGCCUUCGGCAACGGCACAGAUGUGAACCUGUCUCCUAAAAACCCCUCGUUCCCAGCCACGCAGGCCCCGAGGGUGGAGAAAACGCCUUCUUUGCCUGACGAUCUCAGCGACAGCACCGGCCUGGGGACCAGCAUCAUCACCACCUGCACGUCGGUCCAGGAGCAGGGGCUGAAGGCCAAUGGCUCCAAAGAGCUGAGCAUGUGCUUCACAGAGCUCACCACCAACAUCAUCCCAGGGAGUAACAAGGUGAUCAGACCCAACUCAGGCCCCUGCAGAGCCAGACCAUCGGCUGCCUUGACCGCUGCCUCCUUCCUGGUGUUGAAGAUGGCCUUGUAGGCUCUGUGCGCUGCGUCUGGAGAUUUCCGAAAGCUUUGUGGACAAGGGCACCCGCCUGAUGAAAUGAAAACACACAAACACACACACACACACACACACACACACACAUACACACUUUGCAAAAUUUUUUCCCACCUUGUCUCUGAAUCUGUCUACUCCCAGGUUUCCUCUCUGGAGAAGUUUUUCUAAACCAAACAGACAGCAGGUGGGCAGCCUGAGAGCUGCCCGGAGGUGCCCUGGUAGGGGCGCCCUGGCACCGAGGAGGGCACGAGGGUCUAGCCGUGCCCUGCACUUUCUCCUGGCCUUUUCUUCUCUGGACCCUGUUGCUGGAAGAUACCAAGAUGGGACCCCUGCAGCCUGAGGGACUGGUGGCCAUCCCUGCCUGAUGUGGCCAGGGCAGGGUGGUGGCUGCUGCUCUUCUCAAGUUGCCCACUCUGGGGACUUGCAGGGGCUGGCAGGGGCGUCAGGUGGCAGAGCAUCAAGGCUGGUCCCUGGGGUCCAGCUAGGCAUUUGUAGCAUCUCCACUUGGCUUCAAGGGUGGCGUUUAUUUUGGCCCCACCCCCCGUGGGCUUGGUGGGUCUGCUUCUGACUUGUGGAGGGCUGUGACACGGAGGUGCCCCUCCCCCAACUGUAGCAUGGGGGGCUGGGCCACUCACCCCACCUGGGAGAGCCUCUGGGGUGGGGGGGCAAAGCUUGGGUACCAUCUCAAGGCUGCUGCCUCCUCCUUGGUGGCAGGAAGUUCGAAAUCAAAGAGAAACGAUUCUUGGUGGGUCUCUCUCUGGAGAGAGGGGCUGCUGAGAGGGGCAGAAAAGACCACGGGGUCGCCCCCUGCCCCGAGCUCUGGUCUCUGCAGCUCUCUCCUCCCUCCCGCCUUGUCUUUCUUCAUUUCUGAGACGCACAUCAACUGUAUGUACGUGAUGUCUUUCCCUGCUCAACAUAUAUGUAUAUACACAUCAUAUACAUAUACUGUGUGGUUUCCCCUUUUUUCCUUUUUUUAAGAAACAAACCUAUCAAAAUAAUACCCCAGCAGAUGAGCGAAAUGUAUUAUUGUAAAGUUUAUUUUUUUUAUAACAUUGUCUAUGAUGGGAUCAAAGGAAGUGGACUCCCUGUGUCCCUGCCCGCCGGCUGCUGGGCUGGGGAGGGGCUCCUGCUCGUGCUCACGCCGGCCCAGGCCCCAAUAAACGUCCUCAGAAGCAGCCUGUCUCCUGCCUCGCUCCGGUGUGCCUUGCCCGGCUCGGUUUCUGGCCCCGUCCGCACCUCGGCUGCUUCCCUGGGGCUCCCGAUGGGCCAUCCACCCUGAGCUCAGUGUGGGUGCUGAGGCCCCAUUAGGAGACGGCGGCACACGCGGUGGGUCUGAGGGUGUCGAGCCUGCUGGGCCACGCACCUGGCGGUCCCACCUCCCCUUCCCGGUCAGCGCCAGCUCCCUGUCGGGGUGGGCCCCAGUCCGGAAGGGAACGCAGGUGGCUGUGAGGAUGGAGGUGGGGGCAGCACUUGAUGUUACACUUCAGGUAUGUUUGUGUCUCGGGGCUGCCUGGGUGGCCCACAGGUGGCCCUGCUAGUCUAACGUUGAGGGGGCUGGUGUCUCCCCACUGAGACUCCCAGUUUAUUUAAGGUGUGUUACUGUGAAGGCAGGGACCUGGGCCCUUGAGUCCCACCAGGGAAGGGUGACAACUGUGGUUCACCCCUUCUUCUUGUUUUCUCCACUUAGCACCCACCUCCACCAGACAUGCACCUGCCAUGCUCUCCUGGAGUCUCCCAGGAGAGGACCAGGAGGGUGCUACUAGCUGAGUGUGUGCAUGUAUGUGCAGGUGUGUGUUCAUGUGUGUGUGUGAGCACACAGGGCAGAGGGAGGGGGAAGAUAGCCAGGUGAAGGGAUGGUGCCACUGUCACCAUCGGAGAUGGGAUGCCAUUUUCCACUGUCCCCACCCUAGGUCCCUCUGGGUGGCUCUUGUUUCUGGUCACAUGCGCCAUGUCCACGGUGGUGGCCCCGGUGGUGUACUGUGUUCUGGCCCCUGUGCAGAGGGACGGUGAGCCAGCCAUCGUCCCCACAUCUUCCCCAUCACCGCUGGCUUAACUGUGUGUAGAGGCGGCUGUGGGGGCCACUUGGGAUCCAUGUUUUUUGCCAACAGCAAAGUCUGGUUAACUUAAAGGCUUGGGGCAGGCGAAGCGGCUCACAGCAUCGGUGGGAAGUAGGAGACCACGGAGGCCAGGACAGGGCCAAAGGCCAUUUGAAGGGCUAGACGGCAGGAUCUACGGGGCCCGCACACUGCCGUCUGUGACGAAUGACUGCUGACUGUCACCCAGCUGGCUGCAUUGGGACCCUGCGCCUCCCUCCCGCCAUUUUGGGAAGCGAUGAUACAUCACGUCUGGCACCCCCGGUGGGAAAUAAGCCCUUGGACUGCAUAAUAGGGAAGAGGAAAUUUCCCAAGAAGAAAUGGAGGUGCCACGAGGAAGGGAAGAAUGGAUUCUGGACAGCUUUACUCCGCCUUAAAACAUCUCCCAGGCAUCAUGUGGCUAAAGUUUCACCAUUAAAUAUUCAUUCCUUUGGUGGAGAUGACUCCUGUUCUCUGUGAUCCUCUGAAGAUGUGUCAAUAAAACUGGGAAGAAUAAAA